UACAUGCAGGUGAGCUGCUCUGUGCAUGAAAAUAAUGUAGUAAGAUGGUUUUCAUGGGAGAGUAUGUUUCCCCCAGACGGAGCCGUGGCUCACAGUCAACCACCUGAAAACAGCAGGAAAACCUGUAGACAAAGGUGGGAACUUGUAAGGAAGGUCUGCUGCAGCAGAGGCUGGGGAAAAAAAUGAAUUAAAGUGUUGUCUGAUAAAAUGUACACAAUGCAACACAAUCUGACAAUCAUUCCGUCAUUAAUACCAGGUCUUCUUCGCAUCAUGAUUCUAAAGCCUUAACACACCGAUACUCAGUAACCAAAGGCCUUGCUGUCGAUAAGGCGGGUGCCUGCGUAGAAGGCCACGUCUCAGUCACACCCCGGACGCCGCAGUGCUCCUAUCUGUGUACACAGGCACAAAGACGGACUUGUGACGUACGACUCAGCUCCACAGCUGCCCCUCGUUAACUCAGCCCAGGAUCAACUCUCCAAAGAUGUGUUAGCCGGGGUGCCAUUAGAGUGUAUAGCAAGGAGGAAGUCUAUGAACAGUCCAUCAAAGGAAUUAAAGCUUUCAGACUGGUUUUCUCCCAGUCAAUCCAUGAACCUGACCACCACCAACUGGUCAGCUCCAGUUGUGUGGCAUGGCACUUUCAAUGAAGAAGUUUUGGAACAGUAUUAUGCCAAACAUAAAAUUACCGUGGGGCUGACUGUGUUUGCCGUAGGAAGAUAUAUCGACCACUAUUUGAGGAAAUUUAUACUAUCUGCAGAUAUGUUUUUUAUGGUUGGCCAUAAAGUCAUAAUUUAUGUCCUGAUAGAUGACUUCUCCAGGAUGCCUUGGAUACAGCUGAGUCCCCUCCGUACAAUCAAAGUGUUUGAAAUCAAGCGAGAGAAGAGAUGGCAAGAUGUCAGCAUGAUGCGCAUGAAGACUAUUAGUGAACAUGUUGUAGAUCAUAUCCAGCGUGAAGUCGACUUUCUCUUCUGCAUGGAUGUAGAUCAAGUCUUCGUAAGGAAAUAUGGAGUGGAGACUCUGGGGGAGUCAGUGGCUCAGUUACAUGCUUACUGGUACAAGGCAGAUCUGAUAAAGGUGCCAUAUGAAAGAAGUGAGUUAUCAGAAGCAUAUAUACCUACUGGCAUGGGAGAUUUUUAUUACCAUGCUGCUGUAUUUGGUGGCACUCCUACCCAAGUUCUCAAUAUUGCCAGGGAGUGCUUGAAAGGAAUCAUGAAUGACAAGAAAAACAGCAUUGAAGCAGUAUGGCAUGAUGAAAGCCACUUAAAUAAGUAUUUCUUUCUCCACAAACCUGCUAAGCUCUUAUCACCGGAAUAUUGCUGGGAUUUUACUAGAACGGAUAUCAUUAAUAUUCGUAAUAUCAAACUCUCUUGGGCUAAAAAGGAUUAUAAACAUCUUAGGGUGAAAUUGUAGUUUUAUAGCACUUCCUUCAGAUUUCUGAAAAUAAGAGCAUCAUUUUUGUCUUAUUCCUUAGGAAAUUAGCACUUGAUAAAUUUUAGCACUAAAAAAAAAAAAUCACUAGCAAAAUGGCAAGACCACCAAUAUGGAAUACUCAUACUUCUCCUCAUAUUCAUUGUGAAUUGUAUAAGAUGGGAUACAGCAAUUGCAGAAUGAAUGUACUGAUGUCAGAUGGAGAUACAAUGAUUUCAUAUCCUGUGUGAAUACUGAGGAGAUAUUAUUUGUUGGAUUACAUUGAACAAAAUAGAAUCUGUCACAAGAAAAUGAAACCUGAAA